AUGGAGCCCACGGUCCUCAUCAUUGGCGCUGGCACGUUCGGCACCUCGACAGCCUACCACCUGGCCCAGACCUACCGCGACCCGUCCCGCGUGACCAUCAUAGACCGCGAGCACUCCCCGCCUACGAAGGCCGCUGCGAUCGAUAUCAACCGCAUCAUCCGCGCUGACUACCCGAAUCAGCUGUACUGCAAUCUCGCCAACGAGGCCAUCCACACCUGGUUCUGGAGCAAUGAGCUCGGGCCCUGCUUCCACCGCGUCGGGUGGCUGAUGCUCAACGAGGCGGGCAGCGACCUGCAGGCGCGGAUAUUCGAAGCUCUACGGGGACGUGGGACUCACAUCAUGCAGGAUGUGGCACUCGAGGACCUGGGCCGGCGGUGGGAUGGCUUGUUAGCAGGCACGGAGAUAGCUGGGUUCGACAGUGCGUAUUUCAACCCUGACGCCGGGUGGGUGGACGCCGCGAGCGCGACGGCGAGGUUCAUGGCGACGGCGACGGGGAAGGGCGUGAAUAGGGUUCUGAGUGAUGUCGUGGAGCUGCUUGUCGAUGCCAGGACCGGCCGAAUAGAGGGCUGCAGGACCGCGGACGGGAGGCGCCUCACGGCUGAUAAGGUCGUCCUGGCAACCGGCGGUUGGACGAGCGCCUUGGUGUCACCUGUCGAGGAUGCGUUGGGAGUUCCUGAGCAGGACAGCAUCGAACGCCAGGCACAAGCCACGGCUAUCGUGUCAGCGUACUAUCGCGUACCUGACAGUGAUGUGGAGAGGAUGGCCAAGACCGAAAUGCCAUGUGUGGUUUACGGCCAAGUCGGGGAAGCCAUCCCUGCCUGGAAAGAUAACGGAUUGCUCAAGUAUAAUAAUUCCGCUACCAGGCUGGUCAACACUAUCACCAGCAAGACAGGAAGGAAGAUAUCUGUCCCGCCGGCGGACCGGGACCAGAGGGAUAUACCCGAAGGUCUCAAGCGCGAGACGCAGGCGAUACUGACCUCCAAGCUGAUGCCGAAUUACGCGCGGGGGACACCUGAGUAUUGGCGAAUUUGCUGGGACUCCUCGACACCUACGGAAGACUUGCUGCUGUGUGAGCACCCGAAGGUCAAGGGCCUGUAUAUCAUCACUGGUGGGAGCUUUUGCGGUUAUAAGUUCCUACCCAACAUUGGCAAGUAUAUGCUCAACGUAUUGAGCGGGCAUAGCAAUGGGCCUGAGAAGGACAAGGCAUGGGGAUGGAAGAGCUCUACGGAACUGGCCGCGGCCCGGCGAGGUAACAAGCACAGUGAGCAAAGGGAGUUCCAAGAAUACGUCGACGAAAGCCUAUCAAGGCCGUACAAUCAGGCCCGACUUUGA